AUGGUUCGGCACAGGGGGGUCUGCCCCGCUGCAGGUCACUGGAGAGCAGCUUGUGGCAUCAUAGACGUUCACAGAAUGCCUUAUUUCACAAGACUCAUUUUGUUCUUGUUUUGCCUGAUGGCUAUUGUGGAAAGCAGAAAGCCCAAGAGGAAGAGAUGGACAGGGCAGCUGGAAAUGCCCAAGCCAAGUCACCUAUAUAAGAAGAACCUUGAUGUGACCAAAAUCCGCAAGGGAAAGCCUCAGCCACUUCUCAGAGUGGAGGACCAUGAUUUCUCCAUGAGGCCCGCCUUUGGAGGCCCUGCUAUCCCGGUGGGCGUGGACGUGCAGGUGGAGAGCCUGGACAGCAUCUCGGAGGUGGACAUGGACUUCACCAUGACCCUGUACCUGCGGCAUUACUGGAAGGAUGAGAGGCUGGCCUUUCCCAGCACGAGUAACAAGAGCAUGACCUUCGAUGGUCGGCUGGUAAAGAAGAUCUGGGUCCCCGACGUCUUCUUUGUUCACUCCAAAAGGUCAUUCACUCAUGACACCACCACUGAUAACAUCAUGCUGAGGGUGUUUCCGGAUGGGCACGUGCUAUACAGCAUGAGGAUUACGGUGACUGCCAUGUGCAACAUGGACUUCAGCCACUUUCCCCUGGACUCCCAGACCUGCUCUUUGGAGCUGGAAAGCUAUGCAUAUACAGAUGAAGAUCUGAUGCUGUAUUGGAAGAAUGGGGACGAAUCCUUGAAAACUGAUGAGAAGAUCUCCUUGUCCCAGUUUCUGAUUCAGAAAUUUCACACCACUUCCAGACUGGCCUUCUACAGCAGCACUGGCUGGUACAACCGUCUGUACAUUAACUUCACGUUGCGACGCCACAUCUUCUUCUUCCUCCUCCAAACCUACUUCCCUGCCACCCUGAUGGUCAUGCUGUCCUGGGUGUCCUUCUGGAUCGACCGCAGAGCUGUGCCCGCCAGAGUUUCACUGGGUAUCACCACGGUGCUGACCAUGUCCACCAUCAUCACGGGCGUGAACGCCUCCAUGCCCCGCGUCUCCUACAUCAAGGCGGUGGACAUCUACCUGUGGGUCAGCUUCGUGUUCGUGUUCCUCUCGGUGCUGGAGUACGCGGCCGUCAACUACCUGACCACCGUGCAGGAGCGCAAGGAGCGGAAGCUGCGGGACAAGUUCCCGUGCAUGUGUGGAAUGCUUCACUCGAGAACCAUGAUGCUGGAUGGAAGCUACAGUGAGUCUGAGGCCAACAGUCUGGCUGGAUACCCAAGAAGCCAUAUUCUGACAGAAGAAGAAAGACAAGACAAAAUAGUGGUCCACCUGGCUCUGAGCAAUGAAUCCAACUCCUCCAGGAAGAAGGGGCUUCUGAGGGGCCACAUGGGUCUUCGCAUCUUCCAGAACACCCACGCCAUUGACAAAUACUCCAGGUUGAUAUUUCCUGCCUCCUACAUAUUUUUCAACUUAAUUUAUUGGUCAGUGUUUUCCUAG